AUGGAGUCCAUUAGCACAGAAAAGGUUGAAAUAAAGAACCUUAUAAAAUCACCUACUAAGAAUUUACCACCAAUACUGAGUAAGCCAAAGAAACAAGAAAGAACGUUGAAGAACGGGGAGAUACCACAGUAUGCCAUUGAUUAUGCGCCAUUGGUUCAUUUAUAUUCGGAAGAAAGAUACUUACCUUAUGAUAUCAAGGACUACGUGACCAAUUUUUAUGUGACUUAUGGAAACGGAAGUGUUGUUGAAGGAACUGAAGAUGAAAUGGACAUUAAUAAGUUAUCAAAGCUACCAAAUGUACCAGAUAUAUUUCUACUGUCAAGAACAGACUUCGAUAAGGACCCUGAAUGGAUUACUGGAGUAAAAAAUAAACCUUCUUUGAUUGACGGAGAGAUUAAAGAUGCUCCAGCAACAUUGAUCGUAGUAGACAAAGGUAAUGGGUGGGUAGAUGCUUUUUGGUUUUAUUUCUAUUCUUUCAAUUUGGGACCGUUUGUGAUGGGAUCAGGUCCCUAUGGUAAUCACGUAGGUGAUUGGGAGCAUUCCUUAGUAAGGUUUUACAAUGGGGUACCUGUGAUAGUUUGGAUGUCAGCCCAUGGAGGAGGAGGUGCCUAUUAUUACCAUAACUUGGAAAAGUGGGAGAUUGACAACACCCAUCCUAUAAUAUUUUCAGCCAGAGGAACGCAUGCAAAUUACGUUUCGGUGGGACAGCACCCACAUGAUUUGCCCUAUGGUAUUUUAUCCGAUUUCACAGACAGGGGUCCUUUGUGGAAUCCUACUAAGAAUUAUUUGGCUUAUUCGUAUGAUGGUACGUUUGUAUAUCCUGCGAAUAACACUAAUUCGAGACACAGAGGUAGAGAGUUGGAAUACGGAAAUUGGUUGUCUUUCACAGGACACUGGGGUGAUCAAAUGCUACCACCCGAUGAUCCUCGUCAAAAGCAUCUGUUCAUAGGGGGAUACAAGUAUAUCAGUGGUCCUACUGGACCAUUAAUGAAGAACUUGAUCAGAUUGAAAACGUGUGAAAGACACAAAUGGUGGAAUUUCUGGAAUGGUUGUAAUGUUAGAGAGAAUAUUAAAUGGGGUAUUGGCGUGGAGAGUGAAGGGUAUAAUUGUGGAAAUGUUUUCAUUAAAAUAAAGCCUGUUUGGUUUAGACGAAUACUUCAAAAAAUUACCUGGGGUGGUGGGUUUUGUUAUAUCGUUGAUUUGCUUUAUGGUUAA